AUAUUAUCUUGACCCGGCCCAUAUUCUCCCUCCAAAAACACUUGCAAAGUUACAAUAGCACAACGGAUAAGUCUCCAACAUUUCCUUGCAUUCAAGGCUCUUAAGGUGAUGCGAAAGUAAUGGAGAUGUUUUUACGAUUAUGUUCCUUAAAAUGGAAGAGAGUGACUGCAUUGCAGGAUGUGAAGACUCGAAAUCUGGAAUAAUGGGACUGUUGUAUGGAAAUGAAGAGUUCUUUAGUCUUCUUUUCUGCUUGUUAUUAUCGAGUCUUGUCACAUCAUCCCCGAUGGAGUUCCGGUACAAAUGGUCUUCCUUUCCAGCUCAGGAAGUCGUCUGCUGUGAGAAAUUUUUCUUCCUUCAAUUUGGAUAGAAGCAGACCUUUCCCUGAUUAUUCACCUAAGAAACCCACUAUUAAAGAUUCUGAACUAAUCCAUCGUAUAUCGACUGCAAUCAAGCAGCGUCAGUUUGAGCCUCUUCCUCGUAUCCUAAAGCCUUUUGAAUCAAGAUUUAGACCUGACCACCUGAUUUGGGUUCUGAUGAACAUCAGAGAUAAUUAUAAAGUAGUUGUGGAUUUUUUUGACUGGUGGUGCAUGCGAAGGGAGCCAACGCUAGAAGCUCGCUGCAUUGUAAUUCAUAUAGCUGUUGCAGCAAAGGACCGAAAAAUGGCUCACGAGUUUAUUCGUGAUUUUUGGACAAAACCUACUCUAGAUGUUAGUCUAACAUUUCCAAAAUUUUUUGAAAAGAUAAUAUACACUUACAAGAAUUGGAGCUCUAAUCCUCUUGUCUUUGAUAUUGUUUUCCAAGUUCUUGUUGAAAGCGGGAAUCUUGAAGAAGCCCACAUUUUUUUUGGUAGAAUGUUGAGUUAUGGGGUAGUUCUAUCAGUCGAUUCUUGUAACGUUUUUCUUUCUUCUUUGUCUAAAAAUGUUGAUACACAUAAGAAAACAGUUGAGGUCUUUACUGAGUUUCCGGAUUUGGGCAUUUGCUGGAACACGAUGUCGCAUAAUAUAAUGAUCAGCUUUCUCUGUAGAAUUGGGAAAGUUAAAGAAGCUCAUAAUUUGCUCCUGCAAAUGGAAUAUCGUGGCUGUAUUUCUGAUGUUAUAAGUUAUAGCUCUGUAAUUGAUGGUUAUUGUCAUUGUGGAGAACUUCAAAUUGUGCUGAAAAUACUCGAAGAAAUGCAAUUUAAAGGACUAAAUCCGAACUCUUUUACCUUGAAUAGUUUAAUCCUUCUUCUUUGUAAGACUGGCAAAGUGUUGGAUGCUGAGAGGGUUCUUAGGGAAAUGACGUGCCAGGGUAUGGUUCCAGAUUCUGUUAUUUACACAACUCUCAUCGAUGGUUUCUGCAAAGCUGGGAGUAUCACAUCUGCAUAUAGGUUGUAUGAAGAGAUGUGCAGUUUAUACAUUCAUGUGGAUUUGAUAGCAUAUACUGCUCUGAUCUGUGGUCUCUGUCAAGGGGGAAAUAUUGUUGAAGCAACAAAGCUUUUUCGUGAAAUGCCCAGCAAAGGUUUAGACCCAGAUGAAGUUAUUUUUACUGCGCUUAUUGAUGCUUAUUGCAAGGCAGGGGAAAUAAAAGAGGCAUUUUCUCUUCACAACGAGAUGGUACAUCUAGGGCUGAAGCCAAAUAUUGUAACUUAUACUGCAAUCUGUGAUGGGCUAUGUAAAAGUGGGGAUGUAUAUGCAGCUAAUGAGCUUCUACAUGAAAUGUGUGGAAAGGGUCUCAAAUUGAAUAUUAUCACUUACAACGCACUCAUUAAUGGACUAUGUAAAAUGGGUAAUAUAGCAGAGGCUAUAAAGCUAGUGCAAGAUAUGGAGGUGGCAGGGAUUUACCCUGAUGUUUUUACAUACACCACUGUGAUGGAUGCUUACUGUAAAUUAGGGGAAAUCGUCAAGGCUCAUGAGCUUCUUGGUGAAAUGUUGGACAAAGGGGUACAACCAUCUGUGGUGACAUUCAAUGUUUUAAUGAAUGGAUUUUGUAUGUCAGGGAUGGUAGAAGAUGGGGAGAGAUUAUUAAAAUGGAUGUUGGAGAAGAAUAUACUUCCAAACACUACCACCUACAAUUCUCUCUUGAAGCAGUAUUGCAUUGGAAACAAUAUGUGUUCUGCAACUGAAAUGUACAGGGGGAUGAAUAACCAGGGAGUGAUGCCAAAUGAAAACACUUAUAACAUAUUAAUAAGAGGGCAUUCCAAGGCAAGGAAUAUGAAGGAGGCAGGGUAUUUGUACAAGGAGAUGAUUGAAAAGGGAUAUAAACUAACAGUUGAUUCAUACAAUGCGAUCAUCAAGGGUUAUAUCAAAAGAAAAAAAUUUGCGGAGGCAGCAGAAUUGUUUAGAGAGAUGAGAAGAAAUGGUUUAGUUGCAGAUAGAGAACUGUAUAAUAUUUUUAUGGAAUUAAACUUUCAUGAAGGCAAUGUUGCAAUGACACUUGAGCUUUGUGAUGAGACAUUAGAGAAUUGUCUUGUGGAUAAAACCGAUAGCUGAAAAUUUUAGCUGGACUUGGACCACUGUCCUCUUUUGGAUGGCUUUAGAAUCAGUACUCCCAUGACUGAAAAUUCAAAGAGAUGUGCACAAUUGAAAUGCCAUGAGAACGUUUUGAACUAUUUCCUAGCGCAGGCACAGAAAAGCCUGCUGAAGAAGUUGGAUGUAAGCAGCACUGUUUGUAAAAAGCUCAGAGAGGGAGGUUUGCUCCCUAGCUAAUACCAGAAAAUUAUCUGGGAAAUGCUAUAGUGAGCACAUCUUGAGCAAAAAGGAGUUCAACAGCGGAAAAGUGACCUACCAAUCUCAGUCAGGGUUGUUGAUUCCUCCAGUAUCCUAUUGGAUGAGGCAAUUGCAAAAAUUAGCAAAGGGAAGGUCCAUUUCGGGGGUGAUGAUAUCUGUUUUUUUGGCGUUGCUAUUUGGAUCCAUUGUAGAUAGGAUUAAAGCAACAGAGAAUGGCAAAGGCGCUUUUUGACAGAACUUAAACCCCAACAUUAACAAAGACAGUGGAGAAUUUUUCUUCAAUGGUGAUGUGAAGGAUGUCUUGCUUCCUGAGCAUGGCGACAUGGUUGAGAGCUGCUACUACUAUAAAACGACAAUCGCAACUUCAGGUUUAUAAGCUAAUAAUUGAGUUUGGAUAUCAAUUUGUUCCAGCCAGAUAUUAAUAAAAAAAAAUCAUCUAGAUCUGAACUGUCUUUAAAUUACUAAAUUGAUUUGUUCUUUACCUCUGCUGUCUGAGGUGAAUAAAAAUUAAUAUUCCUUGUGUUUUAUUAGAUGUUUUGCAUGUACAAGAGACGAACUUGUAUAAGUGGAAAAUUUGUCUAUA